CUUCCUGUAGAAAGUGAAAAUUGAAGAGGAUCCAGCCCUGGUCCCUGAAGAUGACGGGGUGGGGGUGGGAGUGCUAUCCAUUCAUUGUCCCCCAGAGCAGAGAGAUCGGGUUGCAGCCAUAUGGGGUCUCUCCCUGGAGAACUCUUACUCUCUUUUCUUCUCUUGUCUGUGUGUGUGCAUUAGCUAUUAUAUAAUGCUUGUGGGUUUUUAAGUUGUGGGUAAAAUGUAUAUAACAUAAUAGUUAUUGUCUUAACCAUUUGUAACUGUACAAUUCAGUGGCAUUAAAUACAUUUACAGUGUUGUUCAACUGCCAUCACUAUCUGUAUCCGAAACAUUCCCAUUGUUCCAACAAAACCUCUGUACCCGUGAAUCAAGCCCAGCAUGCCUUCUGAGAAACCUCGGACAGAAGAGGGGUCUGCAGGGUGCCCCUACCUCUCAGGGGCACACUCUGGGACAGGGAGCCUGGAGAAGGGGCCCUCAGGGGAUUCGGAAGCCAAGGAGCGUCUGUGGCUCCGACCUGAUGCCCCCAGCAGGUGCACCUGGCAGCUGGGCAGGCCAAGCGUGGACUCUCCGCAUCGCCACACCACCCAGACAAAAACUCCAAAAAUCUUGCCAGAUAUUCUGAAAAAAAUUGGAGACACCCCCAUGGUCAGAAUCAACAAGAUUGGAAAGAACUGUGGCCUGAAGUGUGAGCUACUGGCCAAGUGUGAAUUCUUCAACGCGGGCGGGAGUGUGAAGGACCGCAUCAGCCUGCGGAUGGUGGAGGAUGCCGAGCGGGACGGGGUUCUGAAGCCUGGGGACACGAUCAUCGAGCCGACAUCUGGGAACACAGGGAUCGGGCUGGCCCUGGCUGCAGCUGUGAAGGGCUAUCGCUGCAUCAUUGUAAUGCCGGAGAAGAUGAGUGCCGAGAAGGUGGAUGUCCUGCGGGCUCUGGGGGCUGAGAUCGUGAGGACACCCACCAACGCCAGGUUCGACUCCCCCGAGUCACAUGUGGGAGUGGCGUGGCGGCUACGGAAUGAAAUCCCCAAUUCUCACAUACUGGACCAGUACCGCAACGCCAGCAACCCCCUGGCCCACUACGACACCACCGCCGAGGAGAUCCUGCAGCAGUGUGACGGGAAGCUGGACAUGUUGGUGGCCUCAGCAGGCACGGGUGGCACCAUCACAGGCAUUGCCAGAAAGCUGAAGGAGAAGUGUCCCAGCUGCAGGAUCAUUGGCGUGGACCCCGAAGGAUCCAUCCUUGCGGAGCCAGAGGAGCUGAACCAGACAGAGGUGACGGCCUACGAGGUGGAAGGCAUUGGCUACGACUUCAUCCCCACAGUGCUGGACAGGACAGUAGUGGAUAAGUGGUACAAGAGCAGCGAUGAGGAGGCCUUUACCUUUGCCCGCAUGCUGAUCUCACAGGAAGGGCUGCUCUGUGGUGGCAGUGCUGGCAGUGCAAUGGCUGCGGCCGUGAAGGCUGCCCGGGAGCUACAGGAGGGUCAGCGCUGCGUGGUCAUCCUGCCCGACUCAGUGCGGAACUACAUGUCCAAGUUCCUGAGUGACAAGUGGAUGUUGCAGAAGGGCUUCCUGAAGGAGGCAGAUCUGACCGUGAAGAGGCCGUGGUGGUGGCACCUCCGGGUUCAGGAGCUGAGCCUGUCGGCACCACUGACUGUGCUGCCAACAGUCACCUGUGAACACACCAUUGAGAUUCUCCGAGAGAAGGGUUUCGACCAGGCGCCCGUGGUAGACGAAUCAGGGGUGAUCCUGGGCAUGGUGACACUCGGGAACAUGCUGUCAUCCCUGCUGGCUGGGAAGGUGCAGCCCUCAGACCAGGUCCACAAAGUUAUCUACAAGCAAUUCAAGCAGAUCUGCCUGACAGACCCGCUGGGCAAGCUUUCACAUAUCCUGGAGAUGGACCACUUCGCCCUGGUGGUCCAUGAGCAGAUUCAGUUGGGACCAGGCCUGGUCAGGAGUGGGGGGCCUGCAGGUAUGUACGCCCUGUCCACCCCAGCCCUUGGAGGUGGCUCUUGGGCACCGUGUUACCUGCGGCCUGUUCUGCCAGCCAGCUGCAGCCCUGCCCCGGCAGCGUGGUGGAGGGGAUGGCCUGGGUUUCUGGGCUUCCUUAGGUAACACCCUGGGCUCCCUGGCGGCUCCAGCAAGGGGCUGGGCAGCGGCUCAGGCUCAGAACCCCCGCACCUGUAUACCUGAGGCCCUGUUUUCUCCUCGGCAGACCACAGCAACAGCAAGUCCAGCCCACGGUACACGGUGUUCGGGGUCGUCACUGCCAUUGACUUGCUGAACUUUGUGGCCACCCGGGAGCGACACCGGCAGUGAGUGAGGAUGG